AUGCAGCCAGAAUGCGUUAUUCUCGCUUCAGGCAGCAGAUGGAGGGCAUUACAUCAACACCACGAGCGCGGACCAAAAAAAAGCUCGAAUGGGUCCAAAGCAAGCUCUUGCAAAGCAGACUUGCUGAAAGAAGCCAACCCCCCCGAUAUAAACCCGGUUCUCAAACAAGAACCUCAGGCUUCUACAAGCGAGCCAACUGCUUACAUCAAGGCCGAUCCACAUGUCCAAGGGUUCCCUACCUUGGCCGAUAUUCCCAGGGCCACAUAUAAUAUCAUAUCGGACUCGCCUGCACAGAUAAUAGCCCCACCUUACGCCCAAAUGACAGUGUCUCCUAAUGAAUUGACAACGUACAGUGCGACACAGAGCUUCUUGAGCCCUACGAUCGGAUUCGAGCACCAACCAAGCCCAGCUUAUUCCUGGCCUCCUACAAAGCUAGAGCCGGAUGAGGAGAGUAGGGUGAACGGCGUUUUUGUCAAGGUGGAAGAACCACAAGUGGAAGUGGUGAAUCUAAGCAGUAGCGAGGUGGAAUAUUGCGGCAUAUUUGCGCCUGGACUGAAGAUUGCUGAAGAGCCUAAGGAUUGA